AAGUAGCGUAUGCUGAUGGAAACUUAAACCGCCAAAUAGUACAUACCACAGUGUGACAUUGGACUGUUGGAUAUACUAAACAGUAAAUAUUCAGCUGAGAGGGGUAAAAAAUAAAAUCAAUCCACUGUUGACGUUUGUGGGUGACCAAAAACGAUAAAAAUACAUGUUGUAGAUCUUGUUAAUAUAAGGAGCAGAACAUUCCAUAUAAUGAGUUAUCACAACUUAGUUAUUAGACUGGUCACUAUAUUUACAAUAUAAAAAAUUCAUAAAAUAUUGAUAUAUGAUGGAGCAGAUGCCCAUCCUUUUCGACUUUUGAUUUGCUUACUACGUCGUGUCAGUUGACUCAUUUGACUCUCGCAGGUGGAAGCGUUCGUCGGAGCAACAGCAGCCGGAUGCACUCACCGAGUCCGAGCCUUCUGUAACGACACUGUCCGGCCGGCUGUGUGACGCGACAGGAAUGGCGCAGGGUAUAUGUGGACGGGACGAGCCGUUGCUGAAGUUCCGCCGCAACAGUGAAACGGCUGAGGGGAAAGUUGCAGCCGUUGUACAGAGAAAUAUUCACAGUCUUCCAGAUGAAAUUAUGGUCAAUAUAUUUUCCUCCUUGAGCUUUAAUGACCUCAUAGACACUGUAGAAAAUGUUUGUGAGAGAUGGAAGAGACUGGCGCACGAUUCAGUACUCUGGCUCGACAAGGAGUAUGUUGUCACUGGAAUGCUGCACAGAAAGAGUUGCUGUCGGGACGUCUGCUCGAAGUGCAUCCAUCGCAGGUGGGAAGAGACAGACGAAGACAUCCUACGGACAGCAGGCAUGACACCACAGCUGCGUACACUGAAAUUGAUGUGCAACAUUAGAGCCUGUAUUUUACGAAAGAUCUGUGCAGAGUGGCCAAACCUCACCACUCUAGAGAUUGCUGACAAUCAGAGGAUGAACUACUCUCUUUUGAAGUUCAUAUUCGAGAAAUGUCCAAAGAUACGGACACUCACAGCGAGUGUCAGCCUGCUGGCCAACCGACGGUAUGUGGAGAUGUUGUCCAGUCUGGAACAACUGAGCUGUCUGCGGGUGCACGAGCAUUUUUGCAAGGAGCGGCCCAUACAGCUGCGUGUCCUGGCCGACACCUGUCCCCGACUGGAGGCGAUACAUAUCCAAAGGACCUGUUACGAGGUGGCUGACAUGGAAUACUUUCUGAAGACAAAGAAACACAGCCUCACUUCUGCCACACUUCCAUGGCUGAUGGUGGAAAAUGAGGAACUGAGGUGUAUUGUGCCUCUGCUAAAACAGUGUGACACUUCACUCAGAAAACUGCGGCUAGCCAAUUUCGACAUGCCAGUCUAUAUGCCAGCUAAUAUGGAGGCUGCGGUGUUCCAAUCUCUUGGAGAACUGCACAGUCUACUCGAGCUGUAUGCCCCUGGUGUCAAUCCGCACAGUAGCCGAAUGUUCUCUCUUGUGUUUCGACCCGGAUGUCUAACACAGCUUCGACGGCUGCAACUGCAGUAUGCCUUUAAUCUGCGGAAUGAGACAGUGGUUACCAUUUCACAGGGCUGUCCUAAUCUGCGUGAGCUGAGGUUAAAGGAUUCGAGGGAGAUUACCGAUUUAGCACUGAGGGAAAUCCACCGUCUGAAAUAUUUGGAAAUAUUGGAGCUUUCUGGUUGUAAUGGGCUGGGUGCAUCUGCCAUCUUUCAUAUAGCACAGCUACCUUCUCUACACACAUUGGUUCUUCAAGAGAUCGAAGACCUGACUGAGCUACUGCCGAGCCUUCGGCACAUUGUGGACAUUAAGGAGCUGCAGUGUCUCGAUUUCCUGAAGAGCUGCAAUUUCGAAGCUGUGCCAAUCUGGGAAUUUCCUGGGAGGCUACUGAAGCUCAGGGAGCUACAUGUGACAUAUGAGGAUGAAAAGGUUCUCACUGAACUGCAACAUAAGAUGCCUCGUCUCAAAGUUAUUAAUACAUUUGGUCUAAAGUAUGAGUACUCUUCAGAUGAACAGUUGGAUGACGAUGAUGAUGGUGUUCUUGAGGGAUGAUUUAUAAUUUUUGUUCACAGCUUUAUUCCAGUACUGACCUGUAGCUAUGCUUUUUUGUGUGUUUUGAUUUUCCAUCCUUAACCGUCCUUUUUCUGUUAAAGGACUUCAUGAGCAUGUGUUAAUGAAGUACAUUAACACUGCAGCAAUUGAUUUUCCAUAUGAUCACAUCCAUUGACAUCCAAUGUUACUUUUUUUAUGAUCAGCUUGGUAACAUGCAGGAGCUUCAAUAUUUGAUAACAGAUCAGUAAGCUAAACCAAAUAACAAAAUAUCAAAAAUUUCUCUGUUGGCAGAGUAACGUAUUGCUUUACAAGAAUCUGGAGUAGUAUCUGUACUGUACAUAUGAGGAAUGGGAACUAACCUGACAUUAUGCAAUGAAACAUAAAUUGUGCAAGAGUUCAUAGCUAGGGCCUUGAUUCUCACUGGUGCUUUUUGGCACUGACAGACUGAUACAGAGUAAAUGUGCAUUUCAACUAAUUCACAGAGCUGGUUACAGUGUGAAUUACUGAACAAGAACCUCCAUAUAACAUUGUUUUUAUAUUUGAAUGACAUAACUUGGACUUGGUAAGCUUUUCUGCAAUGCCAAAUGGUAAAAUACAAACUUAUUACAUGUUAGGCAUUACUGCAAAAAAAGGAAAAUUACAAAAGACAAAAACAUAAUGUGCAGUUCAGUGAGUUUGUCUUACUAAAAUCUGUGUAAUUAGAGAAUGACAAAAUUAGUGGUACUGUAUGGGAGAAUACUUCAUUGUGAAAGAAGAACCUGUCACGAUGAUUUGUUCUUGAACGUUACUUAAAUUAACGUAAUUUGGCCUGGAGUUCAUUUGAUGAAAGAAUAUAACAGAUUCCAACUUCACAAAAUUUAUUGAUAACUGAACUGCAUACCAGCCAUGUUAACAAAACACUGACUGAAACACUCCACAGAUCUCUUUGACUGACUGACAAAACAACAACUAACUUGCAGCCUCACUGCACCACUUUAUAUGGAAUUUUAACAAUAAAUUUCAAAAUAACCCAUUAUUAAUUUUGUACAAUUUUGAUGUUACAAUUAAAAUUUACAA